CGACCCUCAGUGCCCGUUCACAGCGCACAGAGCCGGGCCUACCAAUGUCGUCCUUUACCGAAAAUAUCUAAUUUUCCCAUGGAUUUCGGUAACAAAACGCAUCGAUCCGUUAUACUGAAUGUUUAACCUGUGUCGCCUUUGAAAUUUGACCGACCACUGUGAAUGGAUUAUUCUGUAAACUGCGAAAACUGUAUUGUUCUCGUGCUGUCUCCGCUGAAGAAAUUUGACCCUCUGCUUCGGGAGGAGUGGAUUCUAGCUAAACUCAGCUCCAUUUUUUUUACAGCCGUCAUCCGAUCUGUCAACGAAUCAAAUGGUCGCCGUCUAACAGUGGAAAGUUUUGUGGAAAGGAUUUUAUAAGGGGACCUCGACCUGAUCACGACAUGACCGUGUUUGGUUCCCAAGUGCUGCUCGCCGUAACGAGAUCAAGGGGGUCGUAUUUGCUCUCGAAGCGGCAUGGUUGUGCCUCUCUCCCCUCCACCGCUUGUAUCCGCUACCACUCGGACUUCUCCAACCGCACAGACUUGGCCUCCCGCGGGCUCCGGCCGGCAUUCCCACGAUGCACCACCGCCAGCUACGUACGACAAGGCUGCAUCCCCGUGCGGCCCCUCCACAGCUCCUGUGUCUGGCUCCAGGAGGUGAAAGAGACCCCGAGCGACCCCACCCCGGCCGCUCCUCCUCCUCCUCCUGCGGCCGCCGCCGCCACGGCCGCGGCCUCUCCGCCUCCCCCGCUCCCCCCCAGUAGUAAGCCUGCUGCGGAGAAGGCGGCGGUGGUGCGCAAGUCGCUGGGCCAGAGGUUCGUGGACGAGCUCAGGCACUACUACGACGGCUUCCGCCUGCUGGGCAUCGACACCAAGAUCGCCGGGCGGAUGGUGUGGAGGCUCCUGCACGGACAGCUGCUCUCCAGGAGGGAGCGGAGAAGGCUCCUGAGGACGUGCGCCGACCUCUUCCGACUCGUCCCCUUCAUGGUCUUCAUCAUCGUGCCGUUCAUGGAGUUCCUGCUCCCCGUCUUCAUCAAGGUCUUCCCCGAGAUGCUGCCCUCCACCUUCGAGACGGAGACCAAGAAGGAGGAGAAGCAGAGGAAGGGUCUGGCUGCUAAGCUGGAGCUGGCUAAGUUCCUGCAGGAGACCAUCGCUGAGAUGGCCCGCCGGAACAAGGCCGCCGUCAGCGGAGACGAGGCCCAGAAGUUCUCCACCUAUGUGCAGAAGGUGCGGGGCACAGGCGAGCAGCCCACUACCAAGGACAUAGUGAAGUUCUCCAAGCUGUUUGAGGACGAGCUGACCCUGGAGCACCUAGAGCGCCCCCAACUGGUGGCUCUGUGUAAGCUGCUGGAGCUGCAGCCCAUCGGCACCAACAAUCUGCUGCGCUUCCAACUGCUCAUGCAGCUGCGCAAUAUCAAGUCUGAUGACGAGGUGAUUGUGACGGAGGGUGUGUCUGUCAUGACCGUAGCGGAGCUUCAGGCGGCCUCUAGGAGCCGAGGCAUGAGAUCACUGGGGUUGACAACCGAUCAGCUCCGACAGCAGCUGCAGCAGUGGCUGGAUCUGCACCUGAAGGAGAACGUGCCGCCCUCCCUCCUGCUGCUGUCGCGGGCCAUGUACCUGACCGACCUCACGCCCAAACCGCCCAUCAUCCCACCUGUGCCCAAGCUGGAGAAGGCGACCUCUACCCCGUCUGAGAUGGAAGCGUCAGCUAAAGAGAAGCCUCUGUCUGCCUCCCAGGAGGGUCUGGUGGACAAGGAGGUCAUGGUGGACAAGGCUCCUAUCAUCAAAGACCUCACGGCGAAAGGAGCGGAGAUGGCGCAGAAGAGCAAGAUGAGCGCCAAUGGGUUGUGAGAAGGAGGAGUAGAGUGCUGGCCAUGGCCCCGCCCCCUGGCCCCCGGCCCCUCCCCCUGUCGUCAUCCUCCUCAGAACUGAACACCGACCCCAAACGCCCAACCACAGUGGCCAGAGAAGAGGAGAGAAGAGGUCAAGAGGUCGUCACCACCACCACCACCCAUCCUCAUCCUCAUCUUCAUCCUUGGCUGCUGGGGAAUACAGAGGGCUUCAAAUCAUACACUCUGUAGUGGAGACGGGAAGACAGAAAACACACACACACACACACACACAC